UCUGUUUGAAGAGGAGCUGUUGGACACUCCCGAACAGGAGGGAACACCAUGGAUCCAGAAACGUUUCUCGAGGUGGCUAACCAUGUCAGCAAGCUCAAAAUGUAUCCUUAUUUCGAGAUCGCUCACUGUGCAGUGACUCUGCUGUAUCUCCGUGAGGACCUCGCCAGUGGAUCGCAUCUGUUCUCUCGGAAACAUCCGCUAUCGUGCUACAUAAGUUCCAUGUUUUCCAUCUUCGCCGGAUACAUGUUCUCUGCCCUCCUGUUGGGCGAACCCGUCCUGUCAGCAUUCAAGAACAACCAAAGUCUCAUUCUAGCCAGUGCUGUAUGGUAUCUCAUGUUCUACUCGCCAUUCGACGUCGUCUAUAAAUUCUGCAAACUACUGCCGGUGAAACUCCUCCUGUCUCUAGCCAAGGAAAUCACUCGAGCAAAGAAAGUCCACGAUGGAGUUCAUCAUGCUGCCAAGCUGUACCCAAACGGAUACCUGAUCAUGGUCAUCAUAGGAGUCAUCAAGGGCAACGGCACUUCGUUCCUGAAAGUGUACGAGAGACUCCUCCGCGGUUACUGGACGCCGAACGCCAUUGAGAUCAUGCAGCCCUCGUUCGCCACGAAGAUUUGCGUUAUCGCAUCGAUCGUCUUCGUGGUCGACAAGAAGACUGACUUGAUCUCUGCCCCGCAUUCCCUGGUUUAUUUCGGGGUAGUUUGUUUCUUCCUUUACUUCAAGUUGAGCUCAAUGCUCCUCGGUCUCCACGAUCCUUUCCUGCCGUUUGAAAAUCUCACCUGUGCGAUAUUCUUCGGUGGGAUCUGGGACGCCAUUUCCCGGGCUCUGAACAAGGGAGGUGAUGCUCAAAGUGGAGGUUCCAAAGACGCUAAGGACGUAGCAGCGAAGAAGAAAGAAUGAAAAGGAAAUUCUUCUCACGACAUGGUUCUUCCUCGACGUCAACGGAAGCUCUCCGGGGAGUGAUUCCCCAAAGCAAACCAUCUGUCUGAACCGAAUCCCCGAUCCCGAAACGUCCGUUAUCCUGAGCCAUUUGCACCAUCUAGUCCUGGUUGUUGUCGACGUGAAUUGUUCGUCUGUCACUCGUUCCAGAUUGCUCAGGAUUUUUUUUGAUACCGAAUAAAUUAUCAGAAACUGGAAUAAAGCGGAUAACGU